AUGGCAUUUACCACGUCACAACUUUUGCUGAUUUCCCUAUCCAUCGCUGGAUUUUGGACUCUUUGGGUGUUUCCAUACCAAAAUGGCCUUCUCCAGAUCUUGGGGAGACAAAGCCAACCUGGCGCAGUCAUUCCAGGCCCGACCAUAGCACCGAUGAAACAGACUUACACCGGGAUUGGACCGGUCGAUAAGCAGUUGACGACUCUGGUCAGCUUCUUCUAUACAGCGAUUGAUGGAAACCGUGCAGACGUGUCACUCUCAUUCCUCGACCUGGGAGGCCAAGUCCUUGCCUCUUGGGUUCUCAUCAUGAUCGAAGGCCUCCGAGUGGGCAACCGGGGCAAAUUCUUGCUCACAGCCACGACGUUAUUUGGAGUCGGCGUCGCAAUCGUCGGGUAUGCAUGCGUAGCGCCCUUGUGGUUUGCGCUCCACCUGUGGCUGUCGCCAACUGCCACCAAUCCGAAGGACUACCAACUCAUCGUCGAUGUCCCGGUCAAGCUAGCCAUCGUGCCGAUCAGCAUUCUCGUGGGCUUCGGGCUUCCUUCACUGCUCAUGUGCCUGCCAGCACCUAGUGUUGUUUCCUUCGAGACCAAGCAGACCUGGACGGCUAUCCAGCAGGGUUGGUCUAUCUGGAUAGGCAUCACACAGUUCAUCUUGACGACAGCGGCAAUAAUUCUCGACCAACGCGCGUCGAUCCUUACCGAGGCUGACAAGAGGGCGAAGACAAUCAAGUACUUGCGUCGAGCUUACGCCUUCGCAAUUCUAUCGUCUGCGAGCUCACACCUCGGAGCGUGGACUUUGUCACUCCUUGCCUACGCCUUUCCUGUCCUGUUCAGCGCAGAGUAUCUCCCACAACUGCAGCCGGCUCAUAUAUUCGUGCCGGUUUGGCCGUUCGGUCCGCACAAGGUUACCGUCCUGGCGGAUGGUGCACUCUGGUUCUUGCAAUGGGAUAUUGUCGUUGGAGUCACGUCUGCCUUGCUCUGGGGUCUCACGCUGCGUGCAUCGGCGAAGCAGGGAAAGACAACAGCCUUUCAAUUUUUCGUCGAAGCUGUCAAGAUUGGAGUCUUGGCUGCGGUGCUAGGUCCAUGUGGUGCUGCAGCAGUGGCUCUGUGGGCUCGUGAUGAGAUUGUUUUUGGCAAGUCAAAUGCGAAGAACGACAAGAAGCGUUCUUGA